AUGGACGUUGAAGUGCCUGUGGCUUCGGAUGCAGAGGCUAUGCGUGAAGCUCUUUCUGAGCUAGCCGAGGAUGAGUCGAGGCAAGACCGAGCUGUGGAGGAGGCUCAGGGUUCUCCUUUGCCUCCCCCGGCCAAUGGGGACGCUGCUUCGUCUGAGGCUCCAGCGAGGAUUGUGAGCGAGGCGGCCCCCAGUGGUCGUGUUUUCACGCGUGGUUGUCCUGCGUGCGAGUCUGGCAUGAAUGCUCCUGGCAUUCGUCACAAUGCUGAUUGCAAGCGAAGAAACCAACAUCUCAGUGUUAGAUUUUCUGUUUCUGGGGAGCCCGAUGAUGACGAAGCUUCAUCCAGGCGUCUGCCUGAAAAUCUUGAAGGAGCUGCUGCUCCUGAGUCUGAGGGCAUUGGGGCUCUUGAUGAGGACACUGAGAUGCCGUUUGCCGAUCCAGUGUUGACUGGAAGUGAAGGCGGAGGCAGCCUAGAGGCUGAAGAAGUGCUUCGUGGAAGCAGUGCUGUGAAACGCUCCUCUGAAGUCCCGUUGGAAGAUCUGGAGCGUGAGAUCAGGCAGGACCAAGAAAGGGUUGCUUCAGUUAUGGUUACCUUCCACAAUUGCGAAACAGGGAAUGAUGUUCACAUGCCUCUUGCGAGUUUUGUUGAGCAGGCGUUCCAGGUUUCCAAUUAUGUCCCUUUGCUUUCAGGGCUUGUGGAUUCGGUUCAGUUCGCCCCGAACUCUACGAGUGUUGUUUUGCCGUUUGGGAAAAGGUCGCAUUUGAGACUUUGGAAGCCUAGUUCCGCUGUUGAUGACUCUACCUUGGGUGAGCUUUCAGGAGAUCAGGUCAUGGAAGGCAUGGUCAAAGAAGUCAACAAUUUGAGUCACAUGGAAACUGGGGAUCUGUUGACUGCUUCAGAACUUCAGAGUCUUGAGAAGAGGUUCCCAGGUACCUUGAAGGUCAUCCCUAGUCGUUGGGUCACGACGCAGAAAACACCAACUACAGUGCGAGCUAGGAUUGUCAUCAAGGAUAUUGCUGGCAAGAACUCAGAGUCUGCAAGGGCUUUGGGCAUCUCGAGUCCUACUCCUAGUGCCGAUGCUUUGUUCACGGUUCUUGGGGUUGCAGGUUGCAGAGAUUGCGUGAUUGCAGGUGCUGAUGUAUCUCACGCUUUCAUGGCUACGCCUUUGAGAGAAAGGGAUGUGGUGAUGAGGUUUCCUCUGUCAGUGUCUUCGGUUUCAGGGGAUCCUUUGUAUCUUCACCUCAACAAAGCCCUCAAUGGGCUACGCAAGGCUUCGCAAGAAUGGAUCUACUUCGUAGGGGAGACUGUGAAGGUUUUGGGGCUUCAAAGUUGCAGCUUAGAGCCGUGUCUGUUUUCAGGCAUGCUUGAGUCAGGUCCCUGUUUGCUGUUGGUCUAUGUGGAUGAUUUUCUGUGCAUUGCGCCAACAAAGGAGGAUGCAGAUCACAUCUUUGAGGUGAUUGAGAAGAAAGUUGAACUCAAGAGAACCGGGUUGAUCAAUUCUUCCAAGGAUGGCGGUGGCACUUUGCGGUUUAUUGGUAGGGUUAUCUCCAGGAGAAAGGGGGAGUCCUCUAUCACAGUGUCUUUGCCAGAAGAUUAUUUGGAUGAGACCUUCAAGGCUUAUGGUCUUUCGGGAAAAGGUUCCUCAAGUCCUCCAGAUGUUGCGGUUCAUGUUGAGAAGCAAGAUGGGGUUCCAUUGUCUCCUGAGGCGUAUGCCAGGUUCAGGUCUGCGUUGGGGAAAGUAGCUUGGAUGACGCAGACUCGUCAGGACUUGCGUGCUUAUGUGUCAAUUUUGGCAACGCAGCAAGCCACACCCACGAAUCAUACUGAGCAUGGUCUCCGAGCCUUGCUUCGAUUUCUGAAGAACGACAUGUGCGUGGUUGUGCGGUUGCCUGCUGCGAGUGAUGUGUUGGCUCCCUCGCAACACUACCAAGGAAAGAGGCACCUUGUGUGUUUCUCUGACGCAUCGCAUGCGCCUUUGAGGUGCACGAAGCGCCGUGGCAUCAGUGGAGGAGUGUUGACACUUGAUGGCUGCGUGAUAAAGACUUUGUGUCGUCACCAACAGCUUGUGUCGCUGUCGUCUAUGGAGUCAGAGCUGUUUGCGUUGCAGUCGGUUGCUCAAGAAAUGUCGAGUCUUGGAAAGUUCAUGGCAAGGGUCUUCAUGUCGUUUCGAGAAAGCGAGGAAGUUGAAUUGCCUGGGAUACUUUACAGUGACUCAGAAAGCGCUUUGAAGCUUCUUCGCAAUUUGGACACACCCAGACAAAGCAGACAUCUUGAGAUAAGAGUCGAGUGGCUUAAAGCUCGUGUCGCAGCGGGUUCUUUGGUCCUUGCGUUUAAGAAGGGAAUCGAAAAUCCGUCAGACCUCUUGACUAAAUGUUUGGGGUCCUCGGCUUUCGGGAUACAUCGCGAAGCGUUGGGCUUUGAGUCGCUGUCGGGACCACUUGCGUCUUUGUGCAAUCAUGAGAAGAGAUUGGUGAUGGUUGAAGUGUGCUGUCGACCGCAGUCGAGUGUUCAAGGUGCAUGUCGCAGAGUCGGGAUGAGUUACGUUGGCGUGACUGAGAACAUGCAGAGUGACAGCGUGUUCAAAGAGGUGCGUCGAUAUCUUCUGAACUUUGCGUGUGACUGCGUGUUUGUGCAUGUGUCCACGCCUUGCUCUUCUGGAUCUUACUUGCGUCGGUUCUCUGGCGGGAGCUCGUCGAAGUCGGAUUGGGAAUGGUUUGAGGUGUUUCCUUGUGUGUUGAAGUACUUGAAGCUUGGGAAGCACUCGAGCUUUGAGCUGCCAUGGAACAAUGAGAUUUGGCAACAUGACUUGUGCCAGAAGGUGCUGAAGAAGGCAGGCCACACGUUCGAUGUGCGAACUCGUGCUGCCAUGGUUCUCACGACCGAUGAGCGCAGGGAGCUGCGCCGUUUGCUGGAUAAGAUGGAUUCUGCAGAUGGCUUGGCUUCGACUGCCAAUACUUCUAUGACCGAUGGGACCAAGCGUCUCAGAGAUGUGGGUGGAUAUCCAGAGGAUGGGUCUACUGCAUCAGGAUCUGCUUGCGGUGCCCAGCUGCCGAUUUCAAAGGGAAGCGCAAAGGGUGCUGUGAGCACUCCCAAGUGUUAUGAAGACCUCGUCGAUGCAUUCGAGGGGGAAGAGUUUGGGGAUAGCGACAAUGUGAUUGUCGUGAGCUAUGCAGGUACUGAGGUCACCUCGGUGCCACUUCCAAGUAAUCUAUCUAUGGAGGAUUGGGGUCGGACAAUCUGCGAUCUGCCAAAGGUCCAGAAGAAUAAGAUGUGGUUUAAGAAGUCCUAUGCGACCUUGGUCAAGCUUGCCAAGGAGGAUAGCGACCUUGCAAGCUACCUCAAUUGGAUCAAGGAGAAAUUUGGUCGCAAUUAUGAUCCGACGACCUCCUCCAGUCAGUCCUCGGACCUUGCGGGGUAUUUGAUGAGGAUUGGUUUUUCAAAGCAGAAGGGAUUCCAGCGCAAGUUGGCGGAGGAGUAA